ACCCCAGCCCCCCCGGGCCGGCCCGAGCUGCCGGGAUGGGGAGGGCGAUGCCGUGCCGUGCCGUGCCGUGCCGUGCUCCGGUGGGUCCCGGGGGCGUCACCUCCCGGAUGCCGUGGCUGCUUCUGCCCCCCGUAGUGGCGUCCCGGAAACCUCGCAGCAGCACCCAGCCCUCUGCCCUGUCAGCUGGGUGUCCCUGUGUCCCUCACGGAUGCCUUUGUAGCCUCAAAUACUUCUGUGGYCCCAGGGACACUCCUGUGUCCCCCGGUGCCCCCAAGGAUGCCCUUGUGACCCGCCAUGACCCUGUACUCCCAGGAAUGUCCCUGUAUCCCCAGUUGGACAAGUUGCCCCCCCAAAAACCCCCUUGUGGGUCCCCAUCUGCCCCUUCCAAGGCCUGAUCCCCKUUCAGGGUGACUUUCAGGAGGGCCCACGCCCCUCCCUCUGCUGUGGGGCUGGGGGCCCCGUCCAGGACCCCCCUGAGCUGUCCYGUUGCUCACUCUGAGCAUCCCCAGCUCUGGCUGGAGCAGGGGCCGAGUGUGACAGCCUGUCAGUGCCAUGGCCAGGAUGGGUGCUGGGGGGCAGCCCCAGGGUGGGUGCCGGCUGGGAGAGGUGCUGGGGGAAAGCUCGGGAAAGGGAGUCCGACUCCUGCCCAGGGAAGGGAUGUCCUGCAUCAGGGACAUGUCCACCGUGCUCCCCUGGAGCAGGUCCUCAGGGCAGACCAGAGUGUGGGUGCCCAGAGGUGGGUCCCCAGGGGCAUUGGGCAGGUCUGACCCCAUCCCCACGUCCCUGCCACCCUCUUGCCGCACUGAGCACCACACCUGGGUGGGGAAGUGGCACCCCGAAGGGUUGGCACCCUAUUUUGGGGRGACACGUGUGCUCCAAGACAGCUGCGUGGGGACGUGUGUAUGUGCCCGGCAGGGAAGGGGUUAACGCCGGGAGGGUUUUGGGGUGCCGGGGUGUCCCCAGCUGGGUACACCCAGGCUGCUCCUCGCACGGGUGACCUCACGCCACUGCCAUGGCAACGGCUCGUGAAGUCACCGCGAGCGGGGCGGCUGCCUCCAGCGUGGGGUGCUGGGAUGGGAGCGUGGGAGGCAGCGGCGCGUCCCCGCUGCCGCUGCCCGCGGGCCCCCAGAAUGAGCUGUGUCCCCACCAGCGCCGACGCCUCCGCCUGACCCCCGCCCUGCCCGCCGUGCCCGUGUCGCCCUGCCCGUGUCACAUGCUCGUCAAGGAGUACCGCAUCUGCAUGCCRCUCACCACCGAGGAGUACCGCGUGGGGCAGCUCUACACCAUCAGCAAGCACAGCCACCAGGAGAGCGAGAAGGGCGAGGGCGUGGAGGURGUGAAGAACGAGCCCCACGAGGAUCCCGUGCACGGCCCCGGCCAGUUCACCGAGAAACGUGUCCACCUCUCCAGCAAACUGCCGAGCUGGGCACGGGCUGUGACCCCCCGCAUCUUCUACAUCACCGAGAAGGCCUGGAACUACUACCCCUACACCAUCACGGAGUACACGUGCUCCUUCCUGCCCAAGUUCUCCAUCUACAUUGAGACCAAGUACGAGGACAACUGCGGGGACAGCGAGAACAUCUUCCACAGCGACAAAAUCCUGGGUGACCACGAGGUCUCUUUCCUGGACAUCGCCUUCGACGAGAUCCCUGAGCGCUACUACCGCAGCCUGGAGGACCCCCGUUUCUUCAGCUCGGCCAAGACUGGCCGGGGGCCGUUGCGGGAGGGCUGGCGCCAGCACACCAAGCCCAUCAUGUGCUCCUACAAACUGGUGAGCGUCAAGUUCGAGGUGUGGGGGCUGCAGACACGGGUGGAGCAGUUCGUGCACAAGGUGAUCCGGGACAUCCUGCUGAUCGGGCACAGGCAGGCUUUUGCCUGGGUGGACGAGUGGUGCGGGAUGACGAUGGAGGAGGUGCGCCGCUACGAGCAGGAGACGCAGGAGGCCACCAACGAGCUCAUCGGCCUGGUGGCACCGGCCAUCUCGGUCAGCGAGGUGGGGCAGCCCACGGCCACGCACUCGGCCCCUGCCAGCGCCCCCUCCACUCCCCUCAGCGACGARGCCCCCGAAUUCCUGGCUCCCCCCAAGACCCGCCCGCGGAAGAAGUCGGCGCCGGAGACCCUGACGCUGCCCGCGCUGCGGGAACGCGCUGGCGCCGAGUGACGCCGGCAGUGCCACUGCGGGCUGGACUGUGCCAGCUCCGCCACCCACCCCGGCCCCGCCGACCGGUGCAGAGCCCAGGGAGGGACCCGGACCCGCCGUCAGGGCGCUGGCAGCCCUGGGGGGUGCUGGCUUCCCUGAGCUAUCGCGGUGCCCACGCGGGUCAGUGCCACCACUGCCGUGCCAGACCCGCUGGCUGUACCAGGAGGGGAUGCCAGGCCAGCGCAGGUCCCCGGCAGAGUCGGGCGAUGGCGCGGGAGCUGCUUCCCUCGACUCCACCCGCCCCGGUGUCUGCAAGGGCCGCCGAGGCUGGCGAGCAGUCGGGAGGACCCAGCUGGUGCCCACUUGCCGUGGUCGGGCCGGCUGCCCGUGCCAGGCUGGAGCAGUGCCCUGCAGGGUAGGCACCAGCACAAGGGCACAGUGACGGUGACAGUGACAGCCGGGCGCAGGGCUGGGGCUCUCCACGGGACCCCAAGGGGCUGCACAGCCCCGUGCACGGCUGGUCCCGCAGUUGGGGUCCCCUUCACUGUCCCUCCAGCUGCUCGAGGGGGGCUGGGGCAGGCUGGGCCCACCGUUUUCUUUGGGAAAACAAAGGCCUUUUUGGAAAUAAAGCUCGAGA